AUGUCCAUGAGUAAAGAGGUCGCCAAAAGCAUUGAGGGCUUCCGUGCAAAGGUCACGGAGACUGCAGAAGGUAUCGUCUUCUGUGUGUUCCCAAACAAGUCCACGAAUGCCGAAGAUUCACCCUACCAAAUAUCUCAAGCGGCUGCAUCCACAGACACUACGGUCUACCCUCCACCGUCAUCAACAGAGAUUAACGGCCCAACAUCUAACAAGCGUAAACGCAAUGAAGAUGGAAGUGCUGCGCCCUCCCAUCUGAACGAGACCGUCAACGCAAGAUAUCCAGAACUUGUGCAUGCCAACAAACUUAUUUCAAAACUGCAUGAGACGAUCAAAGUAGAGUGUGCACAGCUGUCCGACUCUUGUGACAAAGUCAAAUUAUGGGUGAACCUGACCAUGCCCAAUGGUGACAACUUUGGUGUUCAAAUCCAAGAGGAGGUUCUUAGCGAACUUCUUCGUUCGCAGGAAAGCGCGUAUAACAUACGCGAUGCUGCUCGCCAACAUCAUCUGGCAAGAGCAAAGAUUUGCUCCAAACUCAUCAAAUACCCCCACAUAGAAGAUUACACACUGGGUUUGAAAGAACAUGAUGAGAAGCAGUUCUUCUUUACUCGCCAGAACCUCAUAGACAUUCGCAAUGUCUACGCUGUUCUCACUGAUAUCCUGCAUAAAAAUAUUGCCAAGAUUCGGGCACCGAAGGGAAACAACGGUGUAGGGCUAUACUAA